AUGAAGAAGGCGAGGGCGAGCGUUCUCACCAAGUAUGACUCGGGCGGCGGACAGGUGGUGGUGGCAUCGGUGAGGCUGGGCGUGGACGAUCUCCAAUUGCGGGCCUCCUGCUCCGAUCGGACCUUCGUGCGCAGCGCGGGGCUCAAGGGGCUCACGGUCGGGGUGGAGAAGCCCGGAUCGUUCGCCCUCGAGUACGAUGUCCACGAAGCAGUGCCGCGCUUCCAAUUCUCGGGCGUCGGCCGGCUGCUCAACAAGGAUGUCCAGGUCUCCUACACGCACCAGCCCAAGACCCGAGACGCGCUCGUCGUGGAUGGGAUUCUCAUCGCCAAUCCCGCCAACAAGCUCCACGGCCGGAUGAUCUUCCCCACCAACAAGGGCCAUGUCAAGAUGUGCUACGUCCACAAUGGCCACACGAGCAUCGAGCCGGGGGUGGAGUUUCCCAGCCGGGCCUGGAAUCUGGGGAUCGCGCACAAGUUCCCCGGCAAUCACAACGUCAAGGCGACCUACGAUCAUAUGGUGAAGACGGUGGGAUUGGCGUGGAGCAGGGAUCCCGAGAAUGGCAGCGGCGCUUGCAAGAUCUCCGCCAAUGUGCCGCUCCAAGAACCGAAGAACGUCCGGGUGCUCAUGGAGAAGGUGUGGAAUUUCGACUUCUAGAUCUGCGGCGGCGGCGGGGAAGAGUGGAGAGAUUUGACGUGGAUUUCUUCCUUUCCCCCCCUUUCUUCCCCCAUUCUUUUUGGUGAAAUAAAACUUUAGGGUUCUUGGAA